UCAUUGCCCGUCUUGUGAGGGAAGAAGAGAAGCGGGGGGCUGGUGCGACCCCCUUGAUGGGCAUACCCACAACACAACACCAGCAACAGCAAUGGCAGCAUGGGUUGAUGGGAUGACCAGCUCAGCUCAGUUGACUGUUGGGGUUGUGGGUGGUGGUGGUGGUGGUGGGAUGUGAGGGGAAGAGGGCACGACAGCCUCUCCCACUGAUGUACCAAACCAGCCACAGUGCCUCACCAUCCUCAUCAUCCUCAUCCUCUUUUGCCGAUGAACCCAUGACCUCCUCCUCCUCCUCCUUGUCGCCGCUGCUGCUGCUGGUGCUGAUUCUGACACCCACCACUGCCACAACAGCGACAGCAAUGGCAGGGUGUGCGUUGAGAUGAGGCUGCCGCCGUCGCCCAAGCUGCCGCACACACGCACACACACGCACACACGCACACACACGCGCACGCAUGUGUGAUGGUGUGUUCACCUCCACCACAUCCACAUCCACCAUUUCCUCUGUUGCCGUGCACAUGCACAUGGACGACCCUCCUCUUGUGAUCGCCUGCACGAAAGGACCAAGGAGGACAGCAACAGCAGCAGCACCACUACCACCGUCACCACCACCACUUGCUGCUGAACACAUCCCUCCGACCAACCCAUCGCCCACUGCUGCUGGCGGAAGCUGGCUGUUUGCUGCUGGGAACAGGUGGCGACAGCACAAGUUGCACUUUCGGCUGGAAGCAGCACCAGCAGAGGUGACAGGCGAAGAAGAGGGAAAACGGAGAGGAGAUGUGUGUUGCAUGGAUGGAUGGAUGAAUGAGGGGGGAUGCUGGGUGAGUGUGGUGUGGUGCGGUGUGGCUGGCUGAUGACAGAGGACGGUAGUGGUGGUGUGGUGUGAGGAAGACGGAGGCAUGGAUGGAUGGAAUGGGGUGCAGCAUGUCUUGUUCCUUCCCUUCUGUUUUCUGUUUCCUCUCUCUUCCCUUUCUCCUCCUUCACACACAUAUGCAUGCACAACAUCAGCAGUGGCAGCAGCAGCGGUGCCGUGUGUAUGUGUGUGCGUGUAUGUGUGUGUGUGUUGGGAUGUACUCGCCAGCAACAGAGGGCGUAUGUGCUUAUCCACUCGGUUUCGUUGCAUGUUUUACCACAGGGUAACGGGACGGUGACGUGCCUGGCGACUACUGGGCGACCUCCACAAGCUCAAGCGCGAACCCAACGACAAUCAGCUUCCAUGGUUCCCCUGGCCGAAGUGCUGCAGUCAAUAAGUCUCCUCCCAGGAGAGUACGUCCGCCUGGAAGACGUGCUACACCACAUGAUCAACAAGCUGAAGUCGAGCUGCCGCAGGCCUCACCACGAGGUCGCCCUCGACCACUCUCCCUGCCUUGCCUUAUGUUCAUUACACAUGCGUCUUUUACCACGUUACUGUGAGCACACCCUCCACCGACACCAACCACCGUGUGCAUGUGUGUGGGAAGAGUGCGAGACGUGGUCUUUGCCUGAUAUGGUGUGCACGUUUACUGAGCAGGGACAACUAUGCAUGCAAACACAAGCGCACACAAGGCCCCAGGUCAAAUAAAAAAACCAGCAUCGA